AUGGUCGUGAUCAAGGAAUCCAACGCUCAGAAUUUGGUGCCUGUGAUUGCAACUCCUUUAACUCCAGAGUCGUUUGCACCAUUUGGAAGCGUCAUUUCUGCAGACCACCAGGUAGCCAAUGUGGCUAGCUCUUCGGCAAAUCAGGGAACAGCUGUGAAAAUCCACAAAGUCGCACCUAUAACAAACAAUUAUGCGAAUGCACCCAGUGGCCAGGUAGCUACUGCCAACUGGAACAUCUUUAGGUGUUCUCCUCCGAAGCAUCUGUUAUCCACUGAUAAGACUGGAGAGUCGAGAUACCUCUCCAAGGUUCUGGAAAGACAUCCGUUUUCAACCCAGACGUUCUUGCCAUUGGGAAGAUCCAAGGAGAAAACUGCGUUUCUGGUGAUUUGUGCUGAAACUGACAAACGUACUGGACUUCCAGACGAAUCGCGAGUCCAUGCCUUUACCUGCAAGGGCAACCAGUCUGUGACCUAUGGAGUGGGUACAUGGCAUGCGCCGAUGGUUGCUCUUGGUGAUGAACCUCACCUGGACUUUGCGGUAUUGAUCCACGAAAACGGUGUUGACAAAGAGGAUUGCGAGGAGGUUGUUUAUGAGAAUCCUAUAAACGUUGUAUUCUCGGAAUCGCAGAGUUGA